AACUGCAUUUUUAUGUUUUCACCAUCAUGGCUGCCUCCUCGAGUAGUGCUGCCACUACUAAACCCAACGAUCAUUGUGCAUCAGCCGGAAAAACAGAGCCAGAAUCAGAGUUUUGUCCAGGUUUUAAAGAUGUCGAUGCAUUUGUCAAGCACGGACUGGGAACUGUGGUCGCUGCCACUAAAUCGAGUGCGGCUCUUCCACAGGCCGGAGAUGAGUUUGAUCUUUACCGCAGUUUCCCUGCCUUUCAAGAGUUUUGCGCUUCACAGGGUGAUCGACUUUUACACUGUAUGAGCCAGAUCAUGCAACACCAUGGCUGUAGAUCUCACAUGAGAGACAGGAAUAAACUAACAGGUCUUGAGGACAGAUUUGACCUGGUUGUGGAUUCAAAUGAUGCCAUUCUUGAGAAAGUGGGGAUUCUCCUGGAUGAAGCUUCUGGUGUGAAUCGCACCCAACAGCCUGUGAUGCCUGUGGGAUAUCAGCCACCCAAGAUUGUUGUGUCUAGUUGGAAUCGCAAGGGAGGAAAUCGGAGCACUGAAACCUUUCACCUUCUACAUGCCAAAAACAUUCAACGUCCACAGCUGAAGUUCAAGGAGAAAGUGGAUAACAGCAACACUCCAUUCGUCUCCAAAAUCUUCAUCAAACCCAAUGCUUUGAAACCUUUGCCCUCUUAUUUUACCGACAAACACGUUCGUAAGGAAAGACCAGAGGAUUUAGAUGUUCCUGCUGCGCUGGCAGAUUUCAUCCAUCAGCAGAGAACACAAGAGCAUGUGGAUGAUAUGUUUUCUCACCCCUACCAGUAUGAAUUGGAUCAUCUGGUUAUGCCAGAAAGCCUCAAUUCAAAACCUGAUCCACAGAUGUUUAAACCAAUUGCUGAGAGCAGCUGUCAGUUUAUUGACACGCUGGAGGAUCUCGUUGCUUUGAAUGAGAAGUUGGCCAAGACGUCCGAGUUUGCUGUGGAUUUGGAGCAUCAUUCCUACAGAAGUUUCCUAGGAAUCACGUGCCUGAUGCAGAUAUCCACCCGCGAGGAGGAUUUCAUCAUAGACACGCUGCAACUGCGCAGUGAAAUGUACAUCUUAAACGAAACAUUCACCGACCCAACCAUUGUGAAGGUGUUUCAUGGGGCUGACUCGGACAUCGAGUGGCUUCAGAAGGACUUCGGACUCUACGUGGUCAACAUGUUUGACACCCAUCAUGCUGCUCGUAGCCUGAACCUCGGCAGAAACUCCCUCGAUCAUCUCCUGAAGGUCUUCUGCGACGUGGAGUCGGAUAAACGCUACCAGCUGGCCGACUGGAGAAUAAGGCCUUUGCCAAAUGAGAUGUUGAAUUAUGCUCAGGCAGACACUCACUAUCUUCUGUACGUGUAUGAUCGAGUACGGGCCGACCUUUAUGAUGCAGGCAACGGACAGCCCACCCUCAUUCAGCAAGUCUGGUCUAAAAGCAGAGACCUUUCACUGAAGAAAUUUGUGAAGCCGAUCUUUACGGAGGACUCGUAUAUGGAGCUGUACCGCAAACAGAAGAGGAGUUUCAACACACAGCAGCUAGCGGGCUUCAGAAUGCUGUACGCCUGGAGAGAUAAACUGGCACGAGAUGAAGACGAGAGCACAGGAUACAUCUUACCAAACCAUAUGAUGAUGAAGAUCGCUGAAGAACUUCCAAAAGAACCUCAGGGUAUCAUCGCUUGCUGUAACCCAACACCACCUCUAGUGCGGCAACAGAUCAAUGAACUUCAUCAGUUUAUGAAACAAGCUCGAGAAAUUCCUCUUCUGAAGGCAGAGACAGUUGCAGAAAAAAGGACCCCAAUUACGCCAAAAAGAAGGCCCCAGCCUUUAUUAUUUGGACCCCAUGACACGUCCCGCUCAUCUGAAAGUGAUGUCCUGGACCUCUCUUCAAUCGAAACCCCGACCAAACCAGGAGUUUUGUUUUCAGAGGAGGAGGAGACGGUGGAUGAAAACCUGAAACCACUGCACGGCCUUACAGCUCCACCACAAAUCAGUCUCUUUGUGGAGGAUCAGGAGGGUCCGGGCACCGCUCAUCUGACAGUAGCACAACAGAAAGCACACAGCAUCAUGGAGUCCUUUGAGAACCCUUUUCGAAUGUAUUUACCAUCAAAGGACAUUCACAUAUCAAAGAAUGCCAAAUAUGAUCCAUCAUCAAAGAUUUAUGAGAUUCGUAACCAGUGGAAGUUACAGAGUAUUGAGCAGCAAAAGAAGGACGUUCAAGCAAAGCAGGAGGCUAAAGAGCAGGCAAAGAAAGCUCGAGAAGAGCGAAAGAAGGAAAAGCAGAGCUAUCAGGAGACGGUGCAAAACGUCCAUAGCGUCAGGCAGCAAGUAAUGGAAGCAAAGCAGACCGGGCAGAAGAGAGAGCGAGUAAGCAGUGAUGUAUGUGAAGAGAGUCCUAAAACAAACACAAAAGUCUCAAAGACAGAUACUGAGAAAACCGAGACCGAUCCGUCCCGGACACCUGCUCCAAAAAAACACAAAGCCAAAGCUCUCCAAGACCCUCAAGUCUCCAAACAGGACUUUAAACCUUUUGACUACAGUCAGACCAACAUGAAAAUAUUUGACGGCAAAUCAAAGGAGAGUUCACAGUUUGAUCCAAACAGACCAGCGCAUGAUUCCAAGCAGAAGAAAAACCCCAGAAGACAAAAGCAAGGCUCUGUAGGUGGCAGGAGUAUGUCUUAUGUACCCAAAACAUCAGAGAGAGGUUUUCGUCAUAACUGGCCCAAGAGAUAAAGUCCCUUUCUCUCUUAAAAUUCCUUUGGGAAUUCAUCCGAUUUUUGUAGUGGCCUUGAGUAGUGUUUGUAUAUGUUAUAUUUCUUUUCAGGAUUUGUUCCUUUAUUAAAACGAGAUUUUAACACAUCGUUCUGGCUCUGUUAAAGUUUGUUUUGUUUAAUGUCGUGAGUUGUUGGACAUUUGUUUUGCAUGUAAAGUCGAGGUAUUGAAGUCUAUGAUAUAGUGCAAAGUAAUACAUUUGUGUACAUAACGUUUGCUGUAAGUGAGUGGACAGUUUGCAAUGUUAUGUUUGUCCAUUCAUUAAAUGCAAGAGUAUAUAUUUACGUUAUCUGUCAUACUUUAUCAAUGAAACCUUUUAAACCUGUAUAAUAUUUUAUGUAAACCUUGCAUUUAUAUAUCAUUUCUCAUUCAGAAGUUGCUAUAAUGCAUACAAUGUCAUUUGUAGGGUUCAUGAGCAAGUUUAUUUUUUGACCUGUUAUGCUAUAAAGUGUUAUUUUAGUUGUCACAAGGGCAAAAAAAUAAACGUUUUAGUCUGAUUAUACAGAUGUUUUCUUUUGCAAUAAUUUCUGAGUGUUGGUUUCAAACAUAUGUCACCCUUUCUGUGAAAUCCAUAGUGAAUUUUAUUUAAGUUUUGAGAUUAAAGUUGGAUUUCAUUCA